GGCGGGAACACUGGCAGAGGAAACAUGAUGAGGUCGUGGACGCUCCUAGUGCUGACGGCGGCGCUGACGGCGUCGGCCGAGAAGCUGGGAAACAUCGAGGUCAUCACGAGAGACCAGCUCGGCCAGACUCUCGACCCUCCAGCUGGAGGAAGCAGCUUUGGCCUUCCCCUCUCUAGCCCUGUUCAAGACGACGUUCCCCCGCCUCUUAGCUACCUGCCGCCGGUCCAGACCCCCCUUCCAAUCGAGCCUACCCCAGUGCCCCUGCCUACCCCUAUUCAGCCUGAAACCGACUACUUGCCCCCUGUAGCGUCACCCGUGGGACAGCCUGAGGUCGAAACACCCACAGGCCUGUACAACCCGCCCACAGCGCCCGCCCCCGGUACAAAUUUCCCCACCGGAACAGACGACUACGACUUCGACUACACCGAUUCCGGGGACAACGGCCAGGACUUCCUCUCGAGUAUCCAGAGUGUCCAGGACUCGAAGCUAGCACUCCUCGGGAGUCUGGCGGGAGCUAAAGCCUCUCUCUUCCAGGGCCUCCGGAAAGCCAAGUCCUCCAUCGCGACAGGGGUGAGCGGCGCCCUGCUGUCCAAGGGCGCUGGCUUCAGCAGUCUCUCGCAGACGGGAAGCGGGGGAAGCUAUGGCAGCGGUUUCAGCAGCAGCUAUGGCACUGAUUAUGGCACCAACUAUGGCACAAACCCUAGGCCGGUGGGCAGGCCCUACCCCUCGGACCCCUACCCAAUCUACCCUCCAUACCCACAGCCGCAGCCUCAGCCCGUGUACCCCGUGCCCGUGUACCCCGUCUACAGACCGAAGCCCAACCCCUUCGCCGCCUUCAAGGCCAAGGUGGGCCGCGUAGUGCAGGCCAAGAAGCUGGCAGCCGCCCUCAAGCACGCAGCCUACAAGCAGAGUAUCGAGGAGAAGUACCAACCGGCCUACCCGACUUACCCUUCUUACCCGACCUACCCGACCUAUCCCUCUUACCCGACUUACCCGACUUACCCCGGACACUCGAGCCACGGCGGCGCACAGAAGGGGAAGUUCUUCGGCUUCCAAAGCUUCAAGGCUCCUCAUCCCAGUUAUCAUCACGGUGGAUGGUAGACCAGACGGUGCUGCCAUCUACACGGUGAAAGCAACGUCAAAGUUUCUCCGGGAAAUAACUGAUUGUUAUUCAUUUACAAAUAGGUUUAGCAUAAGAAACUAAAGUAACUAUUUUCAUAUUUGGUGUUGUAUAUUUGUCCGUUUUUGAAAUGAUAUUAAUAAUGUAGUGUUAUUGUGUGGAAGUAAUUUUUAAAAUUUCAUUUAGACGACACAUACGAGAUGACAUAACCCCCCCCCAAAAAAAAAAAAGGAAAGAUAAAUAAAUACAUAAAUCUCACAAUUCUACUUUUGAAUCAGAAGAACAACAAUAUAAAUUAAAAUUACUGUAAGAAUAUGUUCUCUUUUUUUUUUACUAAAAAUCAAGAGAUCAAUAUAUCACAAGUUACCAAAAUAUUAUCUGAUUUAGUUUUCAGCUAAAUUAGAUUGAAGUUUUUAGAUUGAUUAAAAAGCCUCAUAUAAGGGCAUUAAACGUUUCUUUAAUUAUUUACGUGUUAUAUUUACAAAUGUCAUUCUCUUGUGUUUCACGUCAGUUUCGCCAUACUGAGAAUAAAAGAAAAUCAAUUAUU